AGAAAAUGAAUCGAUUCCAGGAGUGGCUUGGGAGGAUGUCUUUGUGCUAGACCAGAAGAUCCCGCGCGCUGACCUGCCGAUUGGGACGCACGAGUGGGAAAUGAGUGUGGGCGUGUACACAGAUUGCGCAAAGCCUAGCGGAACCCCUGCGCUAUCUUUGGGGUCUGCGCCCAUGUCCGCUGCGCCUACCCCUACCACAGAGGUGCCAGAAAUCUCGCAACCGCCGCCGCAGGAAGAGAGAGUUUCGGAGCAGCCGCCGGAGAAGAAGCAGCGCCUGCUGGCGCGCGGGUCUUCAGAGGAGCAGAGUUCGGACAUUGAGACCAUCGCAGAAGCGUGCUUGGAUUGCUUCAAGAAGGGGAACUUAGUUGCAGAUGAUCCCAACACCGUCACUGCGGAGUUCUGGGUUCGGGCCUUCAUUCAGCAUGCCCAGAAUGCCCUGGCAGAUGAAGAAAACCAAGAGGCUUUGUGCGAAGCCUUGGGGCCAUUUCCCCGGUUUAUAGCGCGGUCCCUCCUGGAGCACAAGGCGGCGUAUGCCAUUCUCUCGAAGUUUACCGCCCCUCUCGAAUCCUUGGAGAAGAAAUUCCCAAAGCUUUUCCCACGCCACGGUGUUCUGCAAGCCUUGUACAUUUUGGCCAACGCCAGCCCCGACUCUACCAAAGAGCUUCCGUUGGAUUUCUUGCCACUUGAAGGCAAGCGAAGGCUUGUGCAAUCAUCGCUCUGGGCGGGCUUUGAAGAGGCCCGUUUCGAGGCUCAGGUCCUUGCAGUAACUGCUUCCACCGAUGACAAUAGCGUGCGCUUGCGUGAAGUUCAGCGGCUGCUUCAAGUGCAAGGGGAAGAUCCGA